AUGGACAUCCGUUGGCCCUCUCAAGCGGCCGCCCCCUACUUUCGCCAAGUUCGUCUCGAAGCUAACGUUGGACUUGGAGUUUUGCGUCUUCCUUAUGGCGUGCUGUGCAUUAAAAGGGACUUAUAUAAAGACGGCAGGACAGUGCGUUCACAUCCGAACCUGACUGUUCCUGACCUGUUCUCCCACGACGCGAACGUAGGAUCAGCCGAUCCUGCAAUGAUAGACCAUCACGAUCCAAACGACGCAGAAAAGAUUCAAAGUGGUGCGAGGUCGUCUACCAGCGGGAAUCUGCAGGAGGACAAGAAGGAGGACUUCCUCGAUCAGAUAGUCCCCGCUGUCGAUGAUGAGGACGAGCACGAGGGAGAUCAGAUUUUGGGGACAGGCGAUCCAUUUCCUAUGGAUCCUAAUGCACCUGAGGAGCAGCAGUUCACAUUCCGAGCUGUAUUCGUUGGCUGCAUGUUUGGCGCCGUGAUCUCGGCGAGCAACGUAUAUCUAGGACUGAAGACAGGAUGGACGUUUGGAGCCUCGCUUUUUGGCUCGAUAUUUGGCUUUGCCAUCCUCAAGCCGUUGUCUAAAGCUCUUCCGGAGCGAUUCGGUGGCGGAUAUUUUGGUCCUAAGGAAAAUGUUUGCUGUCAGGGUGCUGCUACGGCUGCUGGUUCGCUUGGGCUCCUCUUUACUUCCCUGCCGCGUAUCAACUCGGCUUGCUUGGCGCAAGCUCUCAACCGGAUUUCGGACGGAUAA